CAGCCGCCAGUUUUCGGUCAAUAAAACUGAGAAAAAACACAGGGGAAGUGCCCUCCUUACCCACUGUAAGGAGAAAAUGUCAAAGAACUGUGGAAAGCCAAUCAGACACUUUACGUGCCGUGCCGCCUAUAAGGUAGUACCCAAACCCUGCCGUUUGAAGUGUUAAGGCUUUUCUGUUCAAUAUUCAGUGCUAGUCAUGGAGUUUCCAGAUGUUUACGAGUGGAUAUGUCUUGCAUGUGGAUGGAAGGGACGAGGGAUUGAAUCGAACGAGCUUACCUUUUUUUAUGAUGGUAAAUAUUCAGUAUCACUUUGCGCCAAGCCUUACGAAGAAAAAAUGUCUCUCACUUUCAAUUUCCUUGAGGGUAACAAUUUCUUAGGGAAAUAUGAGAUUGGGAGAUAUGAUAUAGGGAAUUGUAUGGAAGAAUCAAUGCAAAACAAUUUGCUUCCAGUGCUGUUAUGGAUGUUUAUUGAUCCAUUCAUACUUCGUUCCUCAAAAGUUAUCUGUACUGAAGCUUUCUCAAGAUUCUUGGACAUGUUCCGGGAAUUGAAGUUAGAGCCACGCAUAAUUGAACCCAAAAAGUACAGGCUUGUAUUUAACUCUCUAAUCUGUGCUGGAUGUACUUUUUUCCCAAAUCCCAUGGACGAUGAACUUGUGCUCGAAAUUUUGGCACAAACACAACAAAAUACUCUGAUACUCAUGGGCUUGGAGGGAACACACCGUUUCAUGGGUUUUUUGGCUUCCACUUUAUUUUUGUUUAGCUUCUCAUCCUCUAAGUUCCAUCGUUCAUGGACGCAAAGUAUUUUUAAGAGGGAGUCAAGCAAUCAGCGAUUGUGGAUGCAAUGGAUUUUUGAGAGAGUGUCAAGAAUUUCAUACAACUCAAGCACUGAGGGAUCGUGGAUAAUUACGUCCUACUCUCCACUCUCCGCCUUGAAGACGGAAGAAAAAUAUUCGGGCUUCAGGGAAAAAGCACAUCUAAAAUGGGCCGAUGUAGAUCGAGAUCGUCUACGUUGGGGUUUGAAUAACCACCAGCUGCAAUGCACUCUUCAAUUCGAACCAGUUGUCAAUGUCUGCUCCGAUUGCAUUAAAGUGUCCUUGCAUCUGGAUAACGUCAGGUGCGACGUGCUUUCUUUGGAAGGAAUUUCAGAUGAAAGUAUACGUGGUUUACCAAAAGAACGACACUUCCCGGCCAAGAUCUGUUUGACAAUUGGCCCUGAGAAUGGAUUUAGCGUCCAGGGUGUUUCCUUGAGUGUCUCAUCGUCCAACCCUAUCACAGACAUUGGUAAGGGGUACAACUACGAGGCCGCAGUCCAAACUGAUAUGGUGGGUCUCAAGGCUUCCAAAUCAACUACAUCCACAGAGAGGAUCAAGAAAUGGAACUUCCAGCACUCUGUCUUCAAUAAUACCAAUGCAAAAUUAGACUGGACUCUAUAUGAUUCAACCACUGGGAAGCCAGUAUUUAAGACUCAACCUCCAAAGAUUUCAAUUUUCAGCGGCAAAUCUGUGAGUUCCUUUGAUAAAGCUUUCACUGAGGAAGGAGGAGUAGUCUUUGCCAGGGACGAUUAUGGAAAGCCAGUAACAUGGAAGAUCUACAGGAAUUUCGAGGGACAAACAUUGAAAUGGAUUGUAAGAGCUUCCAUCUGGUUAACCUAUUGGCCAAAUGCAUACGGUAUUCACUAUUGCGAGACCAAACGCCAUGAUUUUCGUCAAGUAGUUGAUCUAACAUUGUCACACUCUUCGUCAUCCUCAUCCAAUUGAAUUUUCAGAGUGGUAGCCAAUUUCAGGUUACUUGUACUAGUAUCAAAUGAGCUUCUAAAGGCGAUUCCGGCAGCAGUUUCCAGCUUUUAAGUUAGAGUUUUAAGGGAGAUUUUAGCUGCAUUUCCAAUAGAAGUAUAAAAUGCUCUUGUAUUAUUCUAAAUUUAAUCUGUAAACUUACAUCAAAUUGUUUGACAUCAUGUGAUAAAUGAAGAUCCUGAUUAAUAAACCAAGUAAUAUUUAUUAAACGUA